AGACAGUACGUCAUUCGGGAAGUGCUUCGCGUCCUCAAGACGCGCUUCCUCUGUCGCGUCCAACUGCGGCAUGACCUGACGACACGCGAUUCCGGCUCAGCUCACUGGAUUCAUCACUACCACCUCACCAAGCGGACCUUCAUCAACACCGCCACCAUGGGCAUCAAGAAUCUCGCCCAGGUCAUUAAAGACAACGCCCCCGACGCAAUAAAAGAAGGCGAAAUCAAAAACCAAUUCGGCCGCAAAGUCGCCAUCGACGCUUCCAUGUCCCUCUACUCCUUCCUCGUCGCCGUCCGUAGUGACGGCCAACAACUCAUGUCCGACACCGGCGAAACGACCUCCCACCUCAUGGGCCUCUUCUACCGCACCCUCCGUAUUGUCGACAACGGGAUAAAACCGCUUUACGUCUUCGACGGCGCACCGCCGAAACUGAAGUCCGGCGAGCUGGCGAAGCGGUUCCAACGGAAAAGUGAGGCGCAGGAGAGUCAUGAGGAGGCGAAAGAAACGGGGACGGCGGAGGAGGUGGAGAAGUUUAGUCGGCGGACUGUGAGGGUGACGCGGGAGCAUAAUGCCGAGGCGCAGCGGUUGUUGAAGUUGAUGGGGGUGCCGUUUAUCAUUGCGCCGACGGAGGCGGAGGCGCAGUGUGCUGUGCUGGCGCGAGCGGGGAAGGUGUAUGCGGCGGCGAGCGAGGAUAUGGACACGCUUACUUUCAACUCACCCGUGCUACUCCGUCACCUGACUUUUUCCGAGCAGCGGAAAGAGCCCAUUCAAGAGAUUCACCUCGAUGCUGUACUAAGCGGACUGGAGAUGGACUUACCGCAGUUUAUCGACCUUUGCAUACUGCUGGGCUGCGAUUACGUAGACCCGGUCAAAGGCAUCGGACCCAAAGUCGCACUCGCUCUCAUCCGCGAACAUAAAACGCUGGAAAAAGUCGUCGAAUCCGUAACCAAAAGCGGCAAAUACACGUUCCCGGACGACUGGCCAUACCAAGACGCCCGCCUCCUCUUCCUCGAACCCGAUGUCCGGCCCGCCGACGCGCCGGAAUGCGACUUCCACUGGAACGGCCCUGAUGUGGACGGGUUGGUCAAAUUCCUCGUGGAAGAAAAGGGGUUCAAUGAGGACCGUGUGAGGAGUGGCGCGGCGAGGUUGCAGAAGAAUUUGAAGAGUAGUCAGCAGGCGCGGUUGGAGGGGUUUUUCAAGGUCAAGGAGAAGACGGAGGAGGAGAGGCAGGCGUUGAAGCGGAAGAAUGAGGAGAAGGUUGAGGCGAAUAAGAAGGCGAAGAAGGAGGAGGCGAAGAAGAAGAAGGAGGCGAAGAGUAAGCCUAAGAUGAAUUCGUAGGAAACGAAGGAGGAAGAGGUGGAGGUGAUGAGCUUAUCUUUACGAAUUAGCGAGGUGUUGGUGGUGUGUUUUGUGGCGUUGUGGUAUGGAAGUGUUUUGCGGCAUUGACUCAGACCUGCCCGGCUUGUGGCUGAGGCGCAUCUUCGAUAAGUGGCGAGCCACGCUGAGCCGGGGGCGUCACAACAGAGGCGAGGAAGGCUCAGACAGGCCCCUUCUCUAUUGACUCUCUGUUCCUGUCUAGACCGGAACGCAAAAAGUCCGCUAGUCACCUGAGCAGUUGCUUUACCGUCCCUUACGCGUUUCUGUUCAAACGAUUGUCUACUUGAACAUCUGGAGCCGAAACCUCUUUGUGAGCAACGGAGCAGGCUCAUCAAUGAUCACACUACCCGUGACUUUCUGCGCAUCCUUUGUAAACGCCGUCCGCAAGAUCGCGGGACUUACGGAGAGUACAUGCGCCAACGACUG